AUGAAUAAUAAACCGUACAAUUAACGGCAGUGAAAACGCAAGCAGAGGGUCUCGCGACUUCUACGAUUGAUUGUCUUUACACAAACUCUAAUGCCGCUAAAGACAAAGAAAGUUUCUUAGCUAAAAUGAAAAUUUUCGAAGAAAAUUUAACUCUUCUUUUCUUCUUGGGCAUGUGGAAACCCACCGAAUGGAGUCCAGGGAACUAUAAAUCUGUUUUAUACACCAUCUACACCUUCUUAAUCAUAAUUAUCUCCGGUACAUUUUUCAUAACUGAAUUGUUGGAUCUGAUUUUAGUGACGAGCAAUAUCGCUGAGUUUACAAAUAAUAUUUUCAUGCUAUCCGCGAUAUUCGCAGCAUGUUUCAAAAUAUUAAUUAUUCUUCUGCGUCGCAAUGUUUUGAAUAAUAUCAUUGAUGAUUUAAAAAAUUACAUGCUGAAAAAUGACAAAUACUCAAAAGAAGAAAUCAUUAUUUGGACUCGCUACAGCCAUAUAAUCAAAUUUUUGUCACUGUUUUACAUGUCUUCAACGUUCUUUGGAGUCACAAUGAUGACAUUUGCAACGGUCUCGGUCAAUAUUUCUCGCCGCGAAUUACUUUAUCGAGCCUGGGUGCCUUACAAUUAUUCGCGACCUAUCGCCUACUGGGUAUCUGCAUUGGGUCAACUUCUAGGCAUGUAUAUUCUUGCAGGCGUAAACGUCGGAUUUGUGCUUCUGUUUAGUGGGAUUCUGAUCAGCACUUGUUCCUUAAUAAAUAUAUUACUAUUUAGAAAAGUUCAAAACUUAUUUUCCUUGACGAUGGCAUUUCAAUACUGUCUUGGAUCUAUUAUUUUUUGUACAAGUGCAUACAAUAUGUCAAAAAUGAAAGUACUAUCAUUUGAGUUUCUCUCUUGUGUUCUCUAUGUUUCAAAUAUCAUGAUCGAAUUAUUUAUAAUUUGUUUUUCCACCAACGAAAUGACUCUCGAGUUUGGAAAGCUUCAUAACGCUUUUUACGACUGUCAAUGGUACUUGCUUAAUAAUGAAAAUAAAAAGCUAAUCGGACUUUUGAUGACUAAUUCAAUUAAGCCAGUUCAUUUCACGUGUGUAUACGUCUUAAAUUUAUCUUUAGAAUCUUUUUCGAAGGUUCUCAAAUUAUCUUAUAGUAUUUAUAAUCUGCUGCAGAGUGCAUUUUGAAAAGACAUUGUUAUUAUUGUUAGAAUAGUGAAUAAUAAAAUUUUAGAAUUUUUAA